UUUAAGGUUAUGUUAUUGAGACCCAAAGCAAUAUCGGUUUUCAUCGCGAAACAACAAAUCAAAUCAUAUAACUUUAUUAUAAUAUUUCUUACGCAUAAUGACAACAAUUUGCAAGUAUUGCAACGAGCCAGAGAACAAGCAAUACCGGCCCGGCCUGAUCUGUGAUACUUGUAUAUGUUUCGUACAUUUGACUUGUUUACGACGGCAAGGUACGCCGGGAGACUUAGCUUGCGAUGUUUUCUUCGAUUUCACUUGUGGGGAAUGCUCUCCGAAUAAUAAGGAAGUGUUUUCAAGGAACAGAUUUCCAUGGGUGAGUGUGAUCCUGCUGACGCUACACCAUCUAACCACUAAUGCAUACGGCAUCAGCAACCACGGAUUCUUCCACUACAAGACACACAUCUGUUCCUUCAUUGACCGUAACUGGGGCAUACUGUUUGAUCCACAAUUCAAACAGAAAAAGAACUGGGUAGGCACUAUAGCUGGCUCCCUCUCAGUGUACAGCAAUAUCAUCUUUCGCUCCGGCUCAGCCAUAUUAGGGGAGACGGGCUGGUGGCAGUUGCAGCAUGCAUUCUCUCCAGCUGUCGCUUCACAUAUCAUCCAGGAAUUAGCCAGAGACAAACCAAAAGGAAGGCCUCGAGGGCAGGUGGCUCUAGACAUUACGGUGUUCUCUGAGAAGGUCAUCGAAAUGGGCUACAAAGAAUACCUAAGAACCGAGGAACCUCAGCUCCUCAUCGAGAGGCCGGCCAAGCAACGUAAAUUAGACCUCGACUACGGGACCAGUUUCUACGACCAACUCGAAUCUGACUCCAGGCAGUCGGUGGUAGAGGAGGCUACCGAAGGAUCGUGCUCGGAUGACGCGCGGCUCGACUUCGUACAGCGCUACGUACCCCCGAGCGACUCAUCAAGCGUGCACUCCCUCCCUGCGCAUCAGACGAUCUACUACGAUUCGGACUCUCGCAGCGUCUCCCCAUACAGACCCGAGCCGCAGCCCGAGCCACCCGAGCCUGAGGAAAAACCCGAGAAAAAGAAGGUUGAGGAGAGGCGAGAACUGGCGAGGGAGUCGAUGUUUUCUAAACAGCCGAAUAGCUUGGAUUUGCCGUGGGUCGAGCAAGAAAAAUAUGAGAUACAAAAAGACCUAGUCGAGCUAACACAAUACGAAGAGGUCCAACUGCUCAAACAAGUUGAGAACCUGAUCCCCAAAGUGAAGGACCCCAGGAAAAGGGCCCAUCUCCACAGACUAAGGGCCAAACUGGCCCUUCGCCGUCUCAAAAGACAUAAGAGGCUGCCGGUCUUCGAUAUGGAUAAGGCUGUUAAAGUGCUGUCAGGCCAAGUGCCAGAAGAGGUUCAAGCUGUCACUAGCGUGGAACGAGUGCUCGACAGGUUCCAGAGAUCGUACCUCCACGACAACCUCUGCGGCACCAUCCUGGACACAACGUACGCGGUGACCGUGCUCUCCCACAUCGAGCCGUCGCCGUUCCGCUCCGCCUACACCAACGCCUUGCUCAAACCUUUCAUAAGAAGAGAUACUGAAAGUAAGCCCUUGUGGCUGAGACUGACUGAUGAACUGCUGAAAAAAGCCAACAGAAAAGUCCCAGAUUACAAACUACCGGCUCACGCAUCCAUCGACUAUUCCUACGUGCGUCCACACCACAUAGCGGCCGUCAACAAUCUGUGUGCGCAGUUCUUUUGGCCCGGCAUAGACUUGACCGAAGCGCUGGAAUACCCAGAAUUCAGCUGCGUAGUAACAUACAAACGACUUAUCAUCGGUUGCGCGUUCUUAGUGCCGGCCGACGUGGCUUACAUCUCCUUCAUAUUAGUGCGGCCGGAGUGGCGGAGGGCUGGUAUCGCGACCUUCAUGUUAUAUCACUUAUUACAGACAUGCACAGGCAAGGAUGUCACACUGCAUGUGUCGCCGACGAAUCCUUCCAUCUUCCUCUAUCAGAAAUUUGGAUUCAAAGUGGAGGAGCUAAUUCAGGAUUUCUACGAGAAAUACUAUGACAUCGACUACAAAGGUUGCCGCCACGCACUGUUCCUAAGACUUACUAGAUAAAUAAACGUAUUUUACUGA